ACUCAUUAAUUGUCAGUCUUAUUUAUCAAUUCCACAAGCCGCACGGAAUGAAAAAGUUUAUAUUAUUAAUGUGUGUGUUUGUACCCGCGGCGCUAGCUUACUGCAGCCGGCGAGCGGCGGAGCAAUCCUUCUCAAGGUCGGUGGACGAGUUCUCCGCAGACUUGGUGCAGAAACUGGCCCAGAGCACUGAUGACCACUUCGUGGCCUCAACCCUAUCCGCCUGGAUGCUGUUGGUCUACACGUCUCUCGGCGCUGCAGACGACUCGCUGCACGAAUUGAACUCUGUUCUUCGACUCAGUUCACGAAAAAGUUGCGUCAAAAAGUUCUUUGAAAUAACGAAAAAAAUUUACUCGCCGAAUGUUGCGUCCGGUUUAGAAGGCGCUUCGGCGAUAUUCGUCAACAAAAAUAUGCCGGUUAUAGAUAAAUUUCGAAGCCAAGUGAAGGAAGCCGGAGUCGGCGAGUUGGUAGAGGUCUCUGCCGAUGACCGAGAGCGCGUUGCAGCAGCGGUCAAUGAGCACUUCAAAUCCGCUACCAACGGAACCAUUGAGAAGAUUGUAGAGGCCGAUGAUUUGAAAGACAUCGCAAUGAUGAUCGUGGACGUUCUCCGAUUUAAGGGCGCCUGGAAAACUCCUUUCCCUAUGGAAGACACGAAAGAGAGUCCAUUCCACGACGAGCGAUCAAACGAAAUCGGUCGCGUCAACCUCAUGACCUUGACCGACUUUUUUAACGCUUCGUUCAUGGACGAUAUAAACGCCACGGUGGCCGAGCUGCCGUACGACGACAAUAAAUUCUCCAUGUACGUCUUCAUUCCCUACGCGAACGUAAAGUUGAGGAAUGUUAUAGAUGUCUUAAAAACGACUAGUCUAAGAUCAAUAACGGAACGUUUACAAAACGUAGACGCUCAAGAGGUAACCGUGAGCUUGCCGAGGUUUAAGAUGUCCUCCAACAUUGACAACUUGAAGGAGCUCCUGAGGGCGAUGGGAUUGAGGGCGAUGUUCGACAGCGAGGCGGCGAGCUUCCCACGGGUGUCGCAGCGCCCGCUGCACGUGUCGGCGCUGCGGCAGCGCGCGACGGUCGUCGUGUCGGAGCGAGGCACGACCGCCGGCGCCGUCACCGAGGCCGAAUUCUCCUUCAAAAGCUUCCCGCUCACCUUCACAGCGAACAAACCAUUCUUCUUCGCGAUUGUGGACAAAGAAACACUAAUUCCCGUGUUUACGGGAGCUUAUUCCAAGCCGAGUGUGUACUGAACGGGUACUAGUAACAUUUUUAUUGUUAUAUAUGCAUAUUUGUUAUUCUGUUA